AUGUUUUAUUUAAAAGUUGUUCCACCAUCAAUGACUGGUAGUACAUCAACAGCAAGUGGAUCAAUAAGAAAAAGUGGACAACCAGCAACAACUGCUUAUUCAAAAAAGACAAGUCGUGGUAAAGCAACUGAACAACGAUAUUUUCGUAUUCCAUUUAUUCGUGGUAAUGAUCAAAAUCGAGAAAUAAAUGGUGAACAAAAAAAGAAAGGAUGGUGGUAUGCACAUUUUGAUGAUAAGUGGAUUGCUCGUCAAAUCGAAAUUGAUUCAAAUAAAGAAGCUGUACUUCUUGUUGCAGGUGUUGAUGAUAUGAAUAUGUGUGAAUUAAGUUUAGAUGAAACAGAUUUAACAUCGAAGAAAGGUAGUGAAAUUCUUGAAAGCGAUUUUGAACAAGAAUGGCUCAAGCAUGGUGGUCGAGAAUAUUUAAAUUCACAUUAUGGACAAAUUAGUUCGAAAUAUGUUGUCCAAUUACUUCAAAAUUAUCGUUGA